AAAACUUGUUACGUUCACUACAAUUCUACAAAUUAGGGUUGUUCUCCCCAAAUUCAAUUGAAUCGAUAUGGCUGCUGAAAAAGAGUUAUAUAUAUACAAUACAAUGACCAAACAAAAGGAAAAAUUCACUCCAAUUGUUCCCGGAAAUGUCUCUAUGUAUAUCUGUGGCGUUACUUCUUAUGACUUUUCUCAUAUUGGUCACGCUCGUGCUUACAUUGCCUUUGAUGUCCUUUUUCGGUACUUGAAGCACCUGGGCUAUGAAGUCAAGUAUGUUCGAAAUUUCACAGAUGUAGAUGACAAGAUUAUCAAAAAAGCCAAUGAGCUUAGCGAGGACCCAUUAUCUUUGAGUGCGCGGUUUUGCGAAGAGUUUCUUGUUGAUAUGGCGGAUCUUCAGUGCUUGCCACCUAGUGAGCAACCCCGUGUUUCAGAUCAUAUGGAUCAAAUAAGGGAUUUGAUUGAAAGGAUAAUUAGCAAUGAUUGUGCUUACGCUCUUGAUGGGGAUGUGUAUUUUGCUGUUGAUAAUUUUCCGAGUUAUGGGCGGCUAUCAGGAAGAAAGCUUGAAGACAAUAGGGCUGGUGAGCGGAUUACUGUUGAUUCAAGGAAGCGGAAUCCAGCUGAUUUUGCCUUGUGGAAGGCUGCUAAGCCAGGGGAGAUUAGUUGGGACAGUCCUUGGGGUCCCGGAAGACCAGGAUGGCACAUCGAGUGCAGUGCUAUGAGCGCAGCCUAUUUAACUGAAAAGUUUGAUAUCCAUGGUGGUGGGAUGGAUCUGAUAUUUCCUCACCAUGAAAAUGAAAUUGCCCAGAGUUGUGCCGCAUGCCCAAAUAGCAGCAUCAAUUACUGGAUGCACAAUGGAUUCGUCACAGCUAAUGAUGAAAAAAUGUCUAAAUCAGUUGGAAACUUCUUCACUAUUCGCGAGGUCACCAAGGCUUACCAUCCGCUUGCCUUGAGGCAUUUUUUGAUGGGGACACAUUAUCGGUCUCCUGUCAAUUACUCAAUUGCUCAAAUCGAGAUUUCCUCCGAGUCUGUCUUUUAUAUAUAUCAGACCUUGGAAGACUGUGAGAAUGCCAUCACACAGUUUAAAGAAGAGCUCCAAACUAGUGGCAGGAAAUAUAUUGCUACGGAUGCUACCCAAGAAGGCGUUAAGAAGCUGAGAUGUCACUUUGAACAAAAGAUGUGCGAUGAUUUGCACACACCUACUCUACUGAACGCUGCUCUUAUAGAGGCCCUAAGACUGAUGAACACAAAUUUGUCCAUGCUCAAGAAGAAGCUUCAAAAGCCACAAAAGCUGGCUUACGUUCAGUCACUUGUUGAGUUGGAGAAAGAAAUAAAAGUCGUUUUGGAUGUGUUAGGACUUUUAUCCUCUUUAAGAUAUACUGAGGUUCUGAAUCAGUUAAAAGAGAAAGCAUUAAAGAGGGCUGGAUUAACUGAAGAAGAUAUAUUGAAACGAAUAGAGGAACGCUCAUCGGCCAGGAAGAGUAAAGAUUUUAAGUUAGGUGAUCAGAUCAGGCACGCUUUGACUUUAAAGGGAAUCGCACUGAUGGAUGUUGGCAAGGACACCAUUUGGCGCCCGUGUAUUCCUGAAGAACCAGACACCCCAUUAGAUGGUGAAGCGCAAGGCCCAACAAACACACCAGGGACUCUCUGAGCCGACAGAUGUGAUGAAAUCUUGAUAUCCCUUUCUUUGGGACUUCUAACUUAUAUCUGUGAACUAUAAACUAUGUGGUAAGAGUUAUGAUUACCUGUGUUAUAUUUUGGUCAUAUGUAGCAAAGCCUUGUUUGGUUUGUAAACUCCGGCAAUAGACUUAGAGAUGCAAUAGUAAUUUUAUUUUAACCUCGUUCUAUUAUAAUUUUAAUAUACAAACACAAACGGAUUUGAUCAUA